GCAGGCCUCGGGACGGUUCACUGCGUUUGGUUGGUGCGCGUGCUGCGAAAUGGACACUCCCCCGGCCUCGGGUUCGGACUCGGACUCGGACGAUUCUCUUGUCACAGACAGAGAGUUGCAGGAAGCGUUUUCCCGAGGUCUCUUGAAGCCGGGCCUCAAUGUCGUGCUAGAGGGACCAAAGAAGGCCGCUAACGAUGUGACGGGUCUGAAGCAGUGUUUGGCUGAAUUCAAGCGGGAUCUGGAUUGGGUGGAAAGACUUGAUGUGACCCUGGGUCCGGUGCCAGAAGCCAGUGGAUCCCAGUCAACUCCUCAGGACAAGGAUCAGAGAGCUGUUGACCCCGAAGAUGACUUCCAGCGGGAGAUGAGCUUCUACCGGCAGGCUCAGGCUGCAGUGCUCGCAGUGCUACCCCGCCUCCAUCAGCUCAAAGUCCCUACCAAGCGACCCACCGAUUAUUUUGCAGAGAUGGCCAAGUCUGAUCAGCAGAUGCAGAAGAUUCGACAGAAGUUGCAGACUAAGCAGGCUGCCAUGGAGAAGUCUGAAAAGGCUAAGCAACUGCGAGCGCUUAGGAAGUACGGAAAGAAGGUACAAACUGAAGUUCUUCAGAAGAGACAGCGGGAGAAAAAACACAUGAUGAAUGCCAUUAAGAAAUAUCAGAAGGGCUUCUCUGAUAAACUGGAUUUCCUCGAGGGAGAUCAGAAACCUGUUGCGCAGGGCAUGAAGGACAAGGCUAAAGGCCAGCAGAUGAAGAAGGGGCCCAGCGCCAAACGACGCUAUAAAAACCAGAAGUUUGGCUUUGGCGGCAAGAAGAAAGGCUCCAAGUGGAACACCCGAGAGAGCUAUGAUGAUGUGUCCAGCUUCCGGGCCAAAACAGCCCAUGGCAAGGGGCCCAAGAAGCCCGGAAAGAAAGGGUUGAAUAAGAGACCUGGGAAGCGAGCAAGAGAGAAAAUGAAGACUAGGACCCGAUGAGCAUCGUCUCUACAAAUAUCCAAGAACAAAGUGGAUGGAGACUUGGAACGUCUCAAUCUCACUGGGUCUCUCUUGUUGGCUUCUUUUUGUAAAAAAAAAAAAAUCCUUUAAAUAAACUUAAAAAAAAAAUCAACUACA